AUGGUCAUGGAGCAGCAAGCACUUCUGGCCUUCAGGCAGGCCUUCCGCCGCCUCCUCCAUGAACCCAGCUGGAAUGGACCGCACUGCUUGCUCAACAGCUCCGCAUGGCGCGGCAUCAGUUGCCUUAACAACCGUGUCACAGCCAUCGAUCUCCCAGACUUCGACCUCUCCGGCCAGCUCGAUGACCCCUUAGUUCUCGCCAACCUCACGGAGCUCACCAUCUUAUCCUUCCGAAACAACUCGAUCUAUGGUGACAUGUUGGAGUUCUCCUUCAACCUUAAGCUCACAAGCAUCGACUUCUCGAUGAACAAGCUUAGCGGGCCAAUCUACGAUUCUUUGCAAUAUCUUGAUCGCUUGGAGUCUUUGCAGCUUGAUCAUAACAUGUUAAAUGGGGAAAUCCCGCCAUUGAAUCAAUCGAGCUUGAAGGCAUUGAACCUUUCAUAUAACAAUCUAACUGGCCAGAUUCCACGGACCGCCACCCUCCAAGCGUUCAACGAGUCUUCUUAUCUCCAUAAUCCAGGCUUGUGCGGCGAGCCUGGUCCUAUACCAUGCCAAGAUAUUGAAGUGAACAACCGCCCAGAGACGAAAAGAAGUUUGUUCUCAGAUGGUCCAAUUGUAGCCGUUUUUAUAUUGUUAGAUAUUAUCGCACUAAUCUUUUUGGCACGGAGCAUCUUUGUUCGUUGUAUGAAGCCAAAAGAGAGCAAGGAAGUGAAGGAGAAGAGUUUCGAGGUAGAAUUUUCUGGGUUGGAUGUGAAUAGAGAUGGCUUGGCAAGUGAGGAAGAGAGAGAAGUAGUGAAAGAAGUGAAGAGGGAGAUAACCUUUGUAAGGGAUGUGGGUGGUUUUGAUCUGGACAGCCUUCUGAAAGCCACGGCUGAGGGGUUGGGGAGGGGGAGCUUCGGGACUAGUUAUAAGUCUAUUCUCCCUGAUGCGCGGGUGAUCGUGGUGAAGAGGCUAAGGGAGCUAAGCCCAUUAAGCAGCGAAGAAUUCUCGAAGCAGAUGAGAGCUCUUGGAGCCAUGGAGCAUGCAAACCUAUUGCCUUUGCUCGGCUUCCAUUACUCCGAGAAUGAAAAGCUUUUAUUCUUUAACUUUGCACAAAAUGGCAACCUGUUCGAUCGAAUCCAUGGAGGAAAGGGACCGAACAGAAUUCCAUUCAAAUGGAGCUCGAGGUUAUCGGCGGCACAUGGCGUGGCUCAAGCAAUGGAAUACUUGCACCGGAACACCAAAGGAUCGAUACCUCAUGGGAAUUUAAGAUCGACAAACGUUCUUCUCGACGAGAAAGAUGUUGCCUUGGUUUGUGAUUAUGGGCUUAUCUCCCUCUUCCCUCCAUCGCUGGCUGUCCGAAGGAUGGUGUCGUAUAAAUCACCUGAUUAUAAGCAACUUGGAAAAAUUUCUGAGAAGACUGACGUAUGGAGCUAUGGAUGUCUCCUUCUCGAGCUCCUAACAGGCAAGAUCUCCGCCUACACUGCACCAGAGGGGAUCGAGGGGGUGGAGCUGUGCCGUUGGAUCCACCGAGCAGUUCGAGAGGAGUGGACUGCCGAGGUGUUUGAUGCUGAGAUCUUAGUCGAGAGGUGUGCGGGGAAGGGGAUGAUCAGGUUGCUAGAGAUUGCGCUAUCGUGCAUCGAGAUGUCGCCUGACAAACGGCCGGAGAUGGGGGAGGUGGUCAGGGAGGUGGAGGGGAUAAUAGCAAGCGAUUUCGAUACCAAAGAGGACUCCACGGGCAGGGAUAUCUCCACUGCUGCUGGUUAUUCUCAUACCUGA